AUGGCCGCGGCCACCAUCGUGCACGACACGUCUGAGGCGGUGGAGCUGUGCCCGCCGCACGGCCUGUACCUCAAGCCCAUCACCAAGAUGAUCAUCAGCGUGGCCCUGCCGCAGCUGAAGCAGCCGGGCAAGUCCAUCUCCAACUGGGAGGUGAUGGAGCGACUCAAGGGCAUGGUGCACAGCCACCAGUUCUCCACGCUGCGCAUCGCCAAGAGCACCAUGGACUUCAUCCGCUUCGAGGGCGAGGUGGAGAACAGGAGCCUGGUCAAGUCCUUCCUGGCCUGCCUGGACGGCAAGACCAUCAAGCUCAGCGGCUUCUCCGACAUCCUCAAGGUGCGGGCCGCCGAGUUCAAGAUCGACUUCCCCACGCGCCACGACUGGGACUCCUUCUUCCGCGACGCCAAGGACAUGAACGAGACCCUGCCGGGCGAGCGGCCGGACACCAUCCACCUGGAGGGGCUGCCCUGCAAGUGGUUCGCCCUCAAGGACUCGGGCUCCGAGAAGCCCAGCGAGCAGGUGCUGGUCCGCGUGUUCGAGAAGUUCGGGGAGAUCCGCAACGUGGACAUCCCCAUGCUGGACCCCUACCGCGAGGAGAUGACCGGCCGCAACUUCCACACCUUCAGCUUCGGGGGCCACCUGAACUUCGAGGCCUACGUCCAGUACUGCGAGUACGCGGGCUUCAUCCAGGCCAUGAGCGCGCUGCGGGGCAUGAAGCUCAUGUUCAAGGGAGAGGACGGCAAAGCCGUGGCCUGCAACAUCAAGGUCUCCUUCGACUCCACCAAGCACCUGAGCGAUGCCUCCAUCAAGAAGCGGCAGCAGGAGCGGCAGAAGCUGCAGGAGCUGGAGCAGCAGCGUGAGGAGCAGAAGCGGAGGGAGAAGGAGGCCGAGGAGAAGCAGAGGGCGGAGGAGAGGAAGCAGAAGGAGCUGGAGGCGCAGGAGCGCGAGCGGAGGCGCGAGGAGAAGCUGCGGCGCCGGGCACAGAAGCAGCGGGACCGCGAGCUGCGGCGCAGCCAGAAGAAGCUGGAGCGGCUGCAGGCCGAGGAGCAGAAGAAGCUGCAGGAGAAGAUCCGCUCCGAGGAGCGCAAGCUGCUGCUGGCCCAGCGCAACCUGCAGUCCAUCCGCCUGGUGGCCGAGCUGCUGAGCCGGGCCAAGAGCGUCCGGCUUGUCCCCGCUGUCCUUGUGCUGGGGGGUCCCCGAGCACCGCCCCUCGGUGCGCCCGUCCGCUCUGGUAACACCGGGGCCACACUCGGCCCGCGCACCCCUGGACCCGGGAAGGGCGCGUCCUUGCGACCCGAAACCUGUUAUCUGCUUACAGUCGCGUUAAGUCCCGGGAAGGACAAAGGGCAGGCGCGCCGGGACGCGGGGCCCCCAACGCGGGCCCACGGCGUGCGCCCCGCCUCCAGCCGGGGCCCUCGGACGUUAGCUUUCAUUUCCUUCUGCCACGGCCCGGCCGCCUAA